AAAAAAAAAAAAAAGAUUUGUAGGGUUCGGUGGUAGAAGAUUGUAGAAAUUAUUAGGAUGACUCAAUUAUUAUCAAAUCAAUUCCAGACCAAAAAUUUCUGGCCUUGAAUUGAAACAAAACUUCCUUGAAGUUUGCGAAAUCGACCAUGUUUAUGCUGAUAAACUGUUCCAGCUGCCGCACCCCUCUCCAGCUUCCGCCGGGCGCCCGAUCCAUCCGCUGCGCCAUCUGCCAGGCUGUCACCCACGUGGCCGAUCCCCGCGCAGUGCCGCCUCCUUCGUCCCACACUCCGCCCCUCCCCUCCGCUUCCCAGCCGCCGCCUCCUGUUCCUUCGCCCUACGGCCAGGCGCCCCCGGGCCCGAUUCCAAACGCGCACGGGAGGAAGAGGGCGGUUAUAUGCGGGAUAUCGUACAGGUACACGACGCACGAGCUCAAAGGGUGCAUCAACGACGCCAAGUGCAUGCGCUAUCUCCUUAUCAACAAGUUCCAGUUCCCCCAGGACUCCAUUAUCAUGCUCACCGAAGAAGAAACUGAUCCAUACAAAACCCCAACAAAAUACAAUAUUAGAAUGGCAUUAUAUUGGCUUGUACAAGGUUGUCAACCAGGAGAUUCCCUGCUGUUUCACUAUUCUGGUCAUGGUUCACGACAGAGGAACUAUAAUGGUGAUGAAGUUGACGGAUAUGAUGAAACUCUAUGCCCCUUGGACUUCAAAACUCAGGGUAUGAUUGUUGAUGAUGAAAUCAAUGCAACAAUUGUUAAACCUCUUCCUCAUGGUGUUAAGCUUCAUGCAAUAAUAGAUUCUUGCCAUAGCGGCACUGUACUAGAUUUGCCAUUCCUUUGCCGGAUGAACAGGACCGGACAAUAUAUAUGGGAGGAUCAUCGCCCCCGAUCAGGUGUAUGGAAAGGAACGAGUGGGGGAGAAGUUAUUUCCUUUAGUGGUUGUGAUGAUGAUCAGACCUCGGCUGAUACAUCUGCUCUAUCAAGGAUCGCAUCAACAGGUGCCAUGACUUUCUGCUUUAUCCAAGCAAUCGAGCGUGGGCAUGGGAAUACAUAUGGGGCAAUACUAAAUUCAAUGCGUUCAGCAAUUCGAAGUACAGGUAGUAACGACAUGGGUGGUGGUGCUGUGACAUCUCUUCUCAGCAUGCUUUUGACAGGAGGCAGUGCUAGUGGUGGGCUAAGACAGGAACCACAGUUGACUGCCUGCCAACCAUUCGAUGUGUAUACAAGACAAUUCUCCCUAUAGUUUUUAAUAUUUGUUUUAUGAACUAUAUUUAGUCUUCAAUAAUAUUGAGGAAAAGGGUUUUCUUUA